AUGCAGAUGCAUGUUCAAGCCAAUUCUUUUCUCAGUAAUAAUUCCCACUGUCGGAGGAUCAGAAAACACAUUCCAGAUCAAUUAAAAUCGAAACGACACAGUAGUAAAGCGACACCAGAUCGUUAUAUCUAUCUAUUGAUCUAUCUGAGUCAGGCCAUUAUCUAUCUAUCUAUCUAUCUAUCUAUCUAUCUGUCAGUUCAUUAUCUAUCUAGCUAUCUUAGUCCGUUCAUCUCUCUCUCUCUCUCUCUCUCUCUCUCUCUCUCUCUAUCUAUCUAUCUAUCUAUCUAUCUAUCUAAGAGGCGUAGUGGGAAAGUAAUCAGCAGGUCGAGUAAAAUAAACUCUGUCUGUCUCACUCUCUUUUGUGACUCAUUCUCUCUCUCUCUCUCUCUCUCUCUCUCUCUCUCUCUCUCUCUCUCUCAGUCUUCUCAGUCUUUCGCUUUCUCCUCCUCUUUUUCUCUGUCUUUCUGUCUGUCUGUAUGUCUCUUUUUCAAAGUCUGUUUCCCUCUUUCUCUCUCUCUCUCUUUUUCUCUGUUUGUCUCCCUCUUUCUCUCUCUCUCUCUCUCUCUCUCUCUCUCUCUCUCUUUCUUUGUCUCCUUCCCUCUUUCUCACUCUUUUUCUCUGUCUAUCUCUCUCUCUCUCUCUCUCUAUCUAUCUAUCUAUCUAUCUCUCCGUCAGUCUCACUGUCUCUGUCUGUCCGUCUCUUUCUUUCUUUCUCUAUCUCUCUUGCUCUGUCUAACUCACUGA